GACAUGGCCACUGCCGCUCUCUUGUGCUCCGAGUACCUGCGCUGCCCUGUGUGCCUGGACGUAUUCCACGAACCUGUCACCAUCCCCUGCGGGCACACUUUCUGCAUGAGCUGCAUCACCCAAUGCUGGUCGCUGCAGGACGCAUCUAUCUCCUGCCCUCAAUGCCGCAGCACCUUCAGUUCAGAUUCCCAGCCACGACUCUGCAAGAACAGCAUACUGUCCCAGAUGGUAGAUCAUUUCUCCAAUAUGCAGAGACACAGUGAGAAGGUCACUGCCAAAAUCCGUCAAGCCGGACCACACACGGCGUGUGGCCAUCAGAAACUUGAGGAAGAACCCACAACAGAUAACAGAAGGGUCACCCCAUCGGCCAGCCCUGGAGCGCCUGACUGCGCCAAUCCCAGUGUCUCCUUGCUCAGAGAACGCGGAGCAGUGACACAAUUAUUCUCGGACAUGGUACGGAUUCUGCAGGCCUCUGGUUUUCGGCUCCUGCAGUUGAUGGAGCAGUCAGACAGCGGGGAAAGAGCACAAAGUUAUGGACUGGAAGAAGGACAAAUCAUGGAUGCAAUUCAGUCUGCCCAGGAGCUGCAUGUGUCGGAUGAGGUGGAGCCAGUUUGGUCUGGGCUUUCAGCGGCUGUCUCCAAAUUUAAAGAGAGUUUGCUGGACCUUUGUGCAGACCACAUGGGAAGAAUGGUGCAAAAAGUAUGGCGUACACGGACCGGCUGUCUACCUAUGUCUUCAGAACUCAGUGGGAACCCUUUGUCUCCGCUUAUGCCAAGGGUACGGGUCGAAUUUCUUCAGUAUUUACGGAACAUUAGCUUGGACCCAGAUACUGCUCAUCAUAAUCUGUACCUGAUGCAGGGAGACCGUAGAGUUCUGUGCAAGCUGCAGCCUCAAGCCUAUCCAGAACACCCUGGACGCUUCGAUCACUACACCCAAGUGAUGGGCCGGGAAGCUUUAGGCCAAGGUCGACAUUACUGGGAGGUCCAUCUGUCUGGCAACCGUGUGAGUUUGGGUGUCUCCUAUCGUGGCAUCUCCCGUAAAGGUCACCAGAGCCAUUGCCUGGCUGGUCGCAACUCUCAUUCCUGGUGCCUUGAGUGGAGUAGCACCCGAUGCUGUGCUUGGCAUGAUGGUCAGAAAGUCCUGGUUGCUAUAGGCCAGCAGGAGAGGCUUGGGAUUUUCUUGGACUGGGAUGCGGGGAGUUUGUCCUUUCAUGAAGUGUCCGAUGAAAUGCCUCUGCUGCACCGUUUCCGUGCAUCUUUUAUCCAGCCAGUUUACCCUAUCUUCUUCAUCAGCUGGAACUCCAUUGUGUCCAUUGGAGAUGGACAGACAACCCAACACUUCAACCGGAGCAAACAUUUUCACAGACAGCUUUCGGCAAACUUCUGACCUCUACUUCAAUGUUGAUCUCAUCUUAAACAUAUUAAGUUGUU